AUUUCUAAACAACAAAAACAACAACAAUAAACAACUUUGACAACCACGGACAACAAAUAUCAAGCUUUAAAAAAAUAAGUCAGCUGUUGUCUGCAUUGAGUCUACUUUAUAAAUUUAGUUUGAAAGGCGCAUAUACUGUUUGCCACAAACGUACACACUACUGUAAUGUGUUUCACAUUUUCCAAAUGGUUCCCUAUUAUUGAUUUUCUUUACAUUGUGCAAAAAUUCUUUAACAGAGCAACGAAAAAUUUUCAUCAUUCUUACUUGCGCUAUAAGCAGAUAGAAAAAUAAAAUAAUUUAAUUGAUUUUAUUGUUUAAAAAAUAAAAGAAAAGACUAUAAACAAACAGAUAACAUGGGUGAUAAUGAACAGAAAGCUUUACAAUUAAUGGCAGAUGCCGAAAAAAAAUUAUCCCAACAAAAGGGUCUAUUUAGUUCUCUAUUCGGUAAUUCAAAUAAAGUCGAAGAGGCCAUAGAAUGUUAUCAACGGGCUGGUAAUAUGUUUAAAAUGUCCAAGAAUUGGACUAAGGCGGGUGAGUGUUUUUGUGAGGCAGCCAGUCUGCACCAAAGGGCAGGUAGCCGUCAUGAUGCGGGCACCAAUUUUGUAGAUGCCUCAAAUUGUUAUAAAAAAGUCGAUAUAGAUACAGCCGCAUCAUGUUUAUUAAAAUCAAUAGACAUUUAUACUGAUAUGGGUCGUUUUACUACGGCUGCCAAACAUCAUCAGAGUAUUGCCGAAAUGUAUGAGGCCGAUCCUAAUACCUUAGCUAAGGCCAUACAGCAUUAUGAGCAGGCUGCCGACUAUUUCAAGGGUGAGGAGUCGGUGUCCUCGGCCAAUAAGUGUAUGCUUAAAGUGGCACAGUAUGCUGCACAAUUGGAGGACUAUGAGAAAGCCGUCAAUAUCUAUGAGCAAGUGGCCACCUCUUCCUUGGAAUCAUCAUUGCUAAAGCAUUGUGCCAAGGAAUAUUUCUUUAGAGCUGCCUUGUGUCAUCUUAGUGUCGAUAUUUUGAAUUGUGAACAUGCCUUGGAGAAGUAUGUCAAUCAAUAUCCAGCAUUCCAGGAUUCCCGAGAAUAUAAACUAGUUAAGACUCUUUGUGAACAUUUGGAGGAACAGAAUAUUGAGGGCUUUACCGAAGCAGUUAAAAACUAUGAUAGUAUUUCUCGUUUGGAUCAAUGGUAUACUACUAUACUAUUGAGAAUUAAAAAAGCCAACGAUGAGGAUCCCGAUUUACGUUAAAUUUCUGUAGAUGUAUUAAGUUUAGCAAACAAAAAAAAGGAGUUGUAAGAGAAGUAAUAUCAAUUUUGCAAUUACAACCAAAUAUAUCCUCCUUUUAAGAAUUCCCUCUAUAAUAUCUCUUUAACAACACAUUACACAUACAUUAACUAACUAAUUAAAAAAAAAACAAAAUAAAAAAGAAAAUCUUAGCCAGUAAAUGAAAAUUGUUUUUUGUCUUUUAAAUAUAACUAAAAUAUAAUUA